GAACGGCGCAGCUGAGGCGAGUGCGGCGAUGACGUGGCAAUGUUGAGUUGGAUUUGUUGUGACUGCGUGGCGGUCAGUUGUUGGUUUGAUGCAAGGCUAUAUAAACGGUUUGAUGGCUCCCGUGCCUGUGUUGGGAGAGCUUUGAUUCCCAGACAUUGGUGCCGAAACCGCCGGGAGGUGACCAGAAGAUUUCAGCUGUGUUUGUGAGCUGAAAAGGUGGUGACAUUUGUUUGUUAUUAGCCUACUGAUUUGAUGGCUGAUUUUUUUGUCACCCUGAAGAGUUAAAGUGAUAAAAGUUGAUCAGUCAAGCCUGGUGAUUGGUGAGGAUAGACCUUGACCCAGGUUCUGAAGCCCUGGCCUGGUGUUCCGAGUUCUGACUUUCGAAGGAUAGGCCAUUUUGAGUUGUUUUGGCCUUGGCGGAACUUUGGACGUGUUGACCAGUGGCCCUGGCUGGUGUUUUGAGACCACGUGACUGUGGUGAAGCCUCGUUGAGUGCAGAAGUGAUCCUAAACCUGCUGAAGCUUCAUGAUUGGUUUCUUGGACUUUUGUUUGUUUCUUUGAGCCAUUAAUUUGAUGUGUGAAGACCAUAACUUGUGUUUCUGAUAGUUGUGGCAAUGGCGCAGGAUCUUACAACACUUAUCAAGAGGAGAGUGGCUGCCAAAGGGUGGCUAACACGGACCAUCAGUCGUGCGAACGACGCCAUGAAGGAAGAUAAGCCUGAUCGUGAUGUGUUGAAAGACAUUAAGAGAGAACUGGAGAUGCGCCUCAACACGCUGGACGAGAUCCAGGGUGAUCUGGAGAUGAUGAUUGAAUCUGAGUCAGAAAUGUUGGAUGAUAUAGAGAAAGCUGGAUGCUUCCGUGACUCUGUAGUUGGUGUUAUCUCGAGUGUGAGCAAGGUGGUGGCUCGGGGGGAGACUGGGUCUGAGACUGGUGUCUCUGGCAGUCAGAAUGUGAAGCUGCCAAAGCUGAACUUACCAAGGUUCAAGGGUGAUGUGCUAGAGUGGCAGUCUUUCUGGGAGAUGUUUAAAGCUGCUGUACACGACUCAGACCUACCCGAUGUGACUAAGUUUUCAUAUUUGAGAUCCUUGCUGGAUGGGGAGGCAGCCAUGUGCAUUGCAGGGUUACCAUUGAGUGCAGAUAACUAUGCUGCUGCAUGUAAACUGCUGGCUGACCGCUUCGGUAGGACUGAACGGAUCAUAUUUAACCAUAUUCAACAGCUGCUCUCCAUCCCUGCCCCCUCUGUACCUGACGUGCAUGUUCUGAGGGGUUUACAGGAUAAGCUGUUGACUCAUGUGAGGGCUUUGGAGGCGCUAGGUGUGAAGGGUGAUGCAUAUGGUGUGAUGCUAGUACCUGUGAUUUUACAAAGACUGCCAUCUGCCAUUAGGAUGGAGUGGGCACGGGAUGGCGUUGGACAUGAGAGUGACCUGAGUUGGUCACUGGAGUUCCUUGACUCAGAGAUCGGGCGACGCGAGAGAUCAGGUACCUACUCUCAGCACCUGGCUGCUCCUGCUGCCUCGGAGUCGAGGCGCAGCCAACGUGUGACCCGACCACAGAGAGCCUUGCACCAACGAGCCCCUGCAGCUGCUGCGGCUCUCCAGGCUGUCUCUACAGUCUGCUCCUUCUGCGGAGGACAGCAUGUGCCAGCUAAGUGUGCUCACUUUUUGUCGAUUGAUCCAAAGGCAAGGUACCAGGAAGUAAGGGCUAAAAAUGUGUGUAUGUCCUGUCUGCAGACUGGACAUCAUGCGAAACAGUGCGCUAAGAGAUGUGACUGUGGUGGCAGACACCACCCUCUACUGUGCUGGUGUAGGGGAACUGAUGGCCCGGUGGGAUCCAGGGGUGGUGAGGGUGCAGGUAGACCUCCUCAGUCCACCUCCUUCAGACCUCAGCGGUCUGAUGGGGGAAUGACUCAGUCAUGUCAGGAGCCACAAGCUAGAGUGUCUCUGUCUUGUACUACGGGUAGUGUGUCACUGCUUCCCAUCGCUCAUGUACUUGUUGAGGGCAAAGAUGGCCCUGUACCUGCUACCCUGAUUUAUGACAGUGGGGCUGACAAGAGUUUUGUGACCGAGAGGCUGAUGAAACAAGUGAAAGGGGAGUAUCAGGGGUCAGUGGACAUAACAUGUGCAUCGUUUGGUGGGGGUAGAACCUCAAAUGUGUGUAAUGUGUAUGAGCUCAAUGUUUCUGCCGCAAAUGCUGCUUGUGUGCCGACAGCUACUAAAGUUCGAGUGGUGGAGGUGCCAGUGAUAUGCGCGCCACUGAUGCGGCCUCGAGUCCCUGCCCAGCUCCUCCAGCCCUUCAGCCAUCUCCAGCUCGCAGCAGACUGCACGUCGGACUGCCCACUGCACAUUGACAUUGUUGUUGGACAAGACCAGUACUGGUCACUGGUAAGAUCUGGACUUGUCAGAGGCCCUGACGGGCUGGCUGCUAUGGAGACACCAUUUGGGUGGGUCCUCUCUGGUUCAGUGGAGGGGGGCCCUGCUGGUGUUGACUCAGGUAUGGGAUGUCAACUGCUUCUGAUGACCGCCCCAACUCCCAGUGCUAGUGAGAUGUGGUCUCGGGAUGGGUUUGAUCCUGGUACUGAGAUGGAGUCUGAUGAUGAUGAUGCCGUGUUGAAGGCGUUCAACAAGUCCAUCCAGUAUGAUGGCAGCAGGUACGUUGUUAGUGUGCCCUGGAGGGACAACAAAAGUCAGUUGAUGGAGAAUCGUGAUUCCGCACAAAAGCGGCUGAUGAGUCUAGAGCAAAAACUGGACAGGAACCCCCAGCUGCGAGCUGACUAUGAUUCAGCUCUCAGUCAGAUGGUAAGUGAUGGUGUCAUCAGUGAGGUGCCACCUGAUCAGAUGACGACCAGUGACGUCAUGUUCUAUCUCCCGCACAGACCAGUGGUUAAGGAAACCAGUAGCACAACAAAGGUGCGACCUGUCUUUGACGCUAGUGCAAAGGGACCCAACGGUAUCUCUUUGAAUGAUGUAGUCCAUGUGGGACCCUCUCUGAUGCCGAACCUGCUGGAGGUGUUACUUCGUUUCAGACGAUGGCGGUUCGGGUAUUCGGCUGACAUUGUGAAAGCAUUUCACCAGGUUCGUCUGACGUCACAUGACCGAGAUGCCCAUCGCUUCCUAUGGAGACAAGGGGGCCAGAUUCGGACCAUGCGGUUCGAGCGGGUGACGAUGGGUGUCGCCUGCAGCCCGUUCUUAAUGAACGCCACCAUCAGGUAUCACCUGUCGCUGUACCCAGAGAGUCCGGUCGUCACCGAACUGAAAGAGUCGCUGUAUGUUGAUGACCUGCUGUCAGGCUCGGAUACAGAACAGGGUGCUGUGGAGAUGUUCCAGGAGGCUCAUGAGAUUAUGAGAGCGGCUGGGAUGGAGUUGUCCAAGUGCAACAGCAACUCAUCUGUGCUGGCCGAAAAGUGUCGAAAGGGACAUGUGACCACAGAAAGUGUGAUGAAGGUUCUUGGGGUGACCUGGUGUAAGGAGGAGGAUGUUUUCUCUUUCACAGGAGACGAGCUGCCUGCUGGCAUAGUGCCAACGAAGCGUGUGGUCCUCAGCAUGAUGGCGCGGAUCUUCGAUCCAGUGGGAUUUUUGACGCCAUUUAGUGUGGUCGCUAAAUGCCUGUUUCAGGAGCUGUGGGAGCUCCAGCUGGAGUGGGACGAUGAGCUGCCGCCUGAAUAUGCAGAGGUGUUCACCAGGUGGUUGGACGGUUGUCAGAUUUUGAAGAACAUGAAGGUCCCACGAUGUUUCACAGUGCACUCUGUUUCAGACUGGUCAGCUGCACCGUCUCUCGAGCUGUGUGUAUUUGCUGAUGCAUCCCCAAAGGCGUAUGGUGCAUGUGUGUACAUCCGUAUCAAACAGCCUGAUGACUCGUACAGCGUCUCCUUCGUCAUGUCGAAGGGGAGGGUGGCCCCCCUGCGUCAGCGGCUCACGAUGCCGCGCUUGGAGCUCUCGGCCUGUGUGCUGGCGGCUCAACUGGUGCAGUUUGUUCGUACGGCACUGCACUUGCCUGAUGACACACCGUACAGGUGCUGGAGUGACUCCAUGAUUGCUCUGGGAUGGCUACGUGGUAACCCGAGCAGGUGGAAGCAGUUUGUGUCCAACCGGGUCAGCGAGAUCCAACGGCUUACUGACACAAAGAACUGGUUGCACUGCAGGUCAGCCGAAAAUCCGGCGGAUCUCAUGACACGCGGCCUGUUAGCAGAGGAUCUGGUGGCAUCCCCUGUGUGGAUCAGCGGACCCGACUGGUUGAGGGAGGCUGAUGGUGAUCCGAGCGUGACGCGAGAGCCGGAGGUUGGUCUGGAUAUGACCGAGAGCACUUCUGUCCCGCAGAGACCAGACGCAGAGCCGGAUUCGACUCCGGACCAGGGACAGGACCUUGACACUGAUGGUCAGAAAGAGGCUGAUUCUCUGGAUUCCCUACCAGAGUCAAUUGUUUGUGACAAUGUUGGUGUUUUCACGGCGGCGAGUGUAGCAGCGGGUAACACAUCCGAUUUUCUGCAGGUGGAGCGCUACAGUACGCUCAGCCGAGCAACCCGUGUCAUGGGCUGGAUCUUGAGAUUUGUUCACAACGUGAGACAAAGAUCGCAGCGCCGUCAGGGAGAUCUCUCAGCCGAGGAGUUCUCGACGGCUCGCGUGGAGCUGUUACGCUUGGUGCAGGCGGACAGUUACCCUGAAGAACUGAAACUGCUCAGGCAGGGCAGUCCGGUGCACCGAAGUUCCCAGAUUUACAGACUGACGCCGUUUCUCGGCGAUGACGGGCUGCUACGUGUGCGCGGCCGUUUGCAGUUGUCAGAGUUUUCCUACGAGGAAAAGCACCCGGUGAUUUUGCCAAAAGGUCACCUGGCCGUCCUGAUUGUUCGUGAGCAGCACCUGUGUAUGAAGCAUGCUGGUGUGUCAACUCUGAUAACUGCAGUGAGAUCAGAGUUCUGGAUCGUGGGUCUGCGCACCAUCGCACGGCGGGUCGUGAGGGGAUGUGUCGCGUGCCGCAGGCAGGAUUCUCAGCCGUGCUGUGAGCCCGCCGCCCCUCUCCCUCGAGACAGAGUUACUCAGAGCAGGCCGUUUCAGGUCUGUGGGUGCGAUUUCGCAGGGCCAAUCUUUGCUGUGGAUUGUCCUGACAAGAAGCUUUACAUUUGUUUGUUUUGUUGCUCGCAGGUGCGUGCUGUACACCUAGAGUUAGUAGACUCACUCUCUCUGGAUGAUUUUAUGUUGGCUUUUCGCAGAUUUGCCGCCAGGAGAGGCGUGCCUUCAGUUGUGUAUCUCGACAAUGCCCGUACAUUCCAGGCUGCUGAGAAGCUGAUGCAGCGAUAUUUCGGGCGUCUCGCUCCCAGGUUCAAGUUUUCUGCCCCCCUCGCUCCGUGGUGGGGUGGGCAGUACGAGCGCAUGGUGCGUAGUGUGAAAAGUUCUCUUAAAAAAUCCCUGGGCCAGCGACACCUCAGUAGGGCCGAGUUAGAGACUGCCCUGACGGAGAUUGAAGGGUGUGUCAACUCGCGGCCACUCACCUUUGUUGGUGAUUCACCAGACGAUCCAGUACCAUUAACCCCCAACCACUUCCUGACGGGUCACAGCGUAGGCUUUUUGGCCAAAGAGGCCGAGGACCCGUCUGAGGUCAGACCUGAUGAGCUGAGAGCUCGGUCACAGGUAAGAGAAAAGCGACUGCGAAAGUUCUGGACCGUGUGGAGUCAGGAAUAUGUCAGAAAUUUGCCGCUCUCAGUACGCAAAUUUCGACCGCAAGGUAAGUUGGCGGAGGGCUCUGUUGUGCUUCUACAAGAUGAGAAGCAGCCUCGCUUGAAGUGGGACCUGGGCGUGGUGACCAAAUUGUUCCCAGGGAGGGAUGGUGUCUCCAGGUCCGCAGAAGUUAAAACUAGCAGGGGCAGAAAGACGAGAGCAGUGCAGCGGCUCCAUGACUUGGAGGUCUCUGAUCCAGAGUCGUCCUAGACCGGCCGCCUCAUCCUCCCCCUGGUCCCGGUCCGCCUGUCCUGCCUGCCGCGGCGCGAAGUUAUGGCAUUUUUUAUUGUACAUAUAUCGUGUGUGUAUCGUAUGUGUUGGUGAAUGAUGUCGCGCUCAAUGAAACGCUAUUCACCAAGGGGGGAGCGUGUUGAGAAAUAUAGAUAUAGGUAUAAGUAGUGUGGCCGAGAUGAGUACGCUCAUCGCUCGGUGCAGCAGUGGCGACAGCUAUAGGCCGAUAGGCCGACGGGUGCUGCCGCCUGGUGGCGCAACUCUUAGCCACAAAUUACAGGUAGUUGAGACAGAGGACAGGACGUGCGUACUGCGUAGCAUAGCUUGGGUGUGGUCGGCGUGGCGGGUUUUGACACGUGAACGGCGCAGCUGAGGCGAGUGCGGCGAUGACAUGGCAAUGUUGAGUUGGAUUUGUUGUGACUGCGUGGCGGUCAGUUGUUGGUUUG